UCAGUACUACAUAAACAGGCAAAUAAGAUUUCAAUUUUUAUUAUAUGUAAUGUGUAGUUAUAAUUACCGCAUACAAUUAAACAAUUAAGAUAAGAUGGCAUAUUUAAACAUUGAUAAGGACAUCAAUUAUUUUCGUCACAAACCGGCUCUUAAAAAGGUGAAUAGUGUAAGUGAGUCCUUAGGUGAAACAUGAAUGAAAAAUACAGAUCAGUUAUUAAAGAGUUUAAAACAAAACGUAACGAAACACGAAACAAGAAACCUGCCACUGAAACAUUAAGUAAGACACAAAGAUGUGAGCAAAUUGGCCAGAUUAUUCAAGAAUUAUUAACUACAGAAGAGGACUACAUAAACAUUUUAAUUGUGAUCAAUUUUGGUUACAAGAAAAGAUCUGAAGACUUGACAGUUGUGCACUUAUUGCCAGAUAACUUUGAGGACAAAUUCAAAACCAUUUUCUUCAACACCGACAAACUAUUGAAGUUUCACGAAGAACUCCUUGAAGAACUAGAUAAGUGUGCACACUCCACAGACUUACUAGCUAAAUGUUUUAUACGAAGAGAAAGACACAUGGCAGACCUGUACAUCGACUUCAGCAUGAACCAAUACAACUGCAACGCAACAGUAAAACAUCCUGAGCUGCAACCGUUCUUCCAAACAUGUCGAACCAACCUAAGGCUGACCCAGAAUCUGAACGUACACCUGUUCGAGCCCAUUCAGAGGAUCAUCAAGUACAGACUGCUGCUCGAAGACAUGCUGAGAAAGACCCACAAUCAACACUUAAACAACGCCCUCAAUUGUAUCUACAACACGCUGCGCAAUGUCAACGAAAGCCUCAGCUGCCCAUUGCACGGUCUGCCCCAGGAGCUGCUGGAGAAAGGGAAGGUGAUACUGCAGGGGAAGUUUAAGGUCCAACCAACUCACGACAAAAGCAUCUUCAAGCGCACCAAGAAGCAUGUGUUUUUGUUUGACAACGUUAUCAUCGUCAGUACUGAUAAACAUCUGGUAUUUAAGUACGACCAUCAUUUAAGUCUGGCUCAAGUUGGUGUUAGCAGGAGCGUUGGAGGAGCAAGGGAAUUCUUACUUAGUGUGAAAGGGGAGGACAAGGGGUUUGUGUUUAGGGCCCCAACAGAAAUGGACUGCAAAGUUUGGCUAGAUAAAAUCAGUGACAAAGUCAUCAAGUAGAAGUACUAAGUGAUAGACUUACACGAACGUGGCAUGUGAUGAUAAUCUGUGAUAAUUUUAAGUAACUGGAUGCUGUGGAUCUAGAUUGUCGAUAUUACAAAUAAAUAAAAACAAUUAUACAUAACUGUU